AUGAAGAAGUUGAUAAUAAAGACAAAUAUUAAAGGAUUAACCGCAGAACUUUUCUACGUGCGAGAUGGACAGAUCAACUUCUACGCCCUGAACUUUGUAGUCCCCGUGCCGGCGACCAUCGGAGAACUACACUUCACUUGGCAGAGCCUUACCAGAAGACCGUUACCUUACAUACUACACGUUGAUGUGGGAAAAAACGAAGACGUUCUACACACUCCAACACUUAAUAUUUCAAGCGUGGGCUUCGUACCGACGGAGCCACAAACGUGGCGAGUGGAUUUACCAUGUACGGGCACAGUCUCCGCUGAAGUACCAGUAACCAUAUCUCUCAAUGUGUCUACCGGUUCCUCCUCGACCGCCUUACUUUUCCGCAGAAGAAAAAUAUGUCUUAAAGAAGCGCCCAGACCUGCUGUACGGGUUGACAGUGUACCUAACGCAUCGACUUCUGCUGAUAUUUUCUACGCUGGAGCCGGAUGCGCAGGGGGUGCGCUUCUUAUUGCCGCUGUCGCCGCUGCUGCGUGUAGGGUUCGAGCGAGAAAGCUUCGUAGAGCACGAAGCGACGAACAAGACGGUCAUGCAUUUUUACCCGAUUCGUCUUGCAAGUCUGCCGCUAGCUACACUAGUUAUCGGCGUCCUACUUCCCUACCACCUGUCGCAGCGGAAGAGCGUGCAAGGGACUUACAGCAAAGAAUAGCGGAAUUAACAAUACAGAGGUGCCGAGUAAGAUUGCGUUCAGUGGCUAUGGAAGGGACUUUUGGUAGAGUAUACAAAGGAACGUAUGCGGAUGAAGAGGGUAGAGAACAGGAUGUCCUAGUGAAGACCGUAGCCGAACAUGCGUCUCAAGUUCAGGUAUCUCUUCUUCUACAAGAAGGAUGUAUGCUUUAUGGACUUCACCACGAGCGCGUCUUGUCUGUGCUCGGGGUCAGCAUCGAAGACCAAACUGCGCCAUUCCUGCUCUACCCCUGGAGUGGUGGAUGGAGAAACUUGAAACAAUUCCUCUUAGCUUGUAGAGGAGUAAAUUUCGGUGUUGCAAAUAACGGACCGCCUCCACCGCCUCUGACGACUCAACACGUUGUGAGAAUGGCACUACAUGCUUUAGAUGGUUUGGCGUAUUUACACUCGCAGCACGUACUCCAUAAAGAUAUCGCAGCAAGAAAUUGCAUCGUCGAUGAGAAUCUCCGAGUGAUGAUCGCAGAUAACGCGUUGUCACGCGACCUUUUCCCCGGCGAUUAUCAUUGCUUGGGCGACAACGAAAACAGGCCGAUUAAAUGGUUGGCCUUAGAAGCUUUAGCGAAGAAGCAGUUUAGCCCUUCAGCGGAUAUUUGGGCUCUUGGCGUGUUGCUAUGGGAACUCACAACGCUGGCCCACCAGCCAUAUGCUGAAGUAGAUCCUUUUGAAGUAGCAGCUUAUCUGCGGGAUGGUUACCGGUUGCAACAGCCGGCAAACUGUCCUGAUGAAUUAUUCGCCGUGAUGGCCUACUGCUGGGCAAUGUCACCAGACGACCGGCCCACGCUGCCGCAGCUACAAAUAUUCCUCCGAGACUUCCACACGCAGUUGACGAGAUUCGUCUAAGACAUUCCCCACACAGAAAAUCCAAAGACGACAAUAAUUUAGUGAAAUAGUGAAACAAAAAAAAAAAACUUAGUAGACGCACAAGGCCUCAAUGUAUGGGCCCUCGUGACAUCCUGAUUUAAAUGUGGUGACGAGUAUUGAAAUGAAGCGCGGAGAUGAAAGAGACUGAUUUUAUAGUGUUUAUUGAAUUGUAAAUUAUACGUGUUUAUAUCGUCGUCGCAUAUUUUUAUUUCUAUUUCUUUAAAAUAUUCCACAAACAAUUAAAUUCGAAGCUUUCACAGUAUGCAAUAUUUUUUGCCGCGGAAAAAUAAAUCAACUUUACGAUCGGGUUAUCUGUGUCAGUUUCUUAAAACGUUUGGAAGAAAUAUUACGUAAUGUCUACGACUUUUUGUACGUACGGUUAGCGAGAAAUAAAAUUAAAAAUAUGUGAUGAUAUAUGUGUACUGUAAUUAUUAUUUUCAAACCUCACUACUGCCAUAUUAGUGUAAAAGAUUAUAUGUAAAUAUUGUUAGUUAAAUCAUUUUGAAUACGUAUAUUGAAUGUGCCUCGGAUUUUAUGAAAGAUUUAAAAUUUUAUUAUUGUUCCGUUAAAGUAUUAAAUUUUUCGAUUAAGACUGGAUUUUGUAUCGAUUUAAUUGUAAAAAAUGAUAUUAAGUAAUAAUGUAUUAAAUGAUAUUAUAUUUAAAAAAAAAAUAUUUUCCUUUCGAUAAAAAUGUUGUCUCUUGAUGUAGAGACCUGAUAAAAAUAGUUGUAAAAUAGUGUCUAAAAAUCACGAGUUUAAAGAAAUAUUAAAAUUUUAAUUUUAUUAGGUCUCAAUUUCAAUUAAAUUAAGAAAAAAAAAAUAAGCAUUCUCAUUGGUUUUGAGGUGUGCCAAAGAAGAUUAUUUUGUGCCAAUCUAAAUUCUAUUUGCGCAUUAUAUAUUUCAGCUAAUAGUUUACACAAUUUAUUAUGAAAAAAAAAAAAACAAAUUAUGCAAUAUCUACAAUUAUGUAAUCGUAUCUCGUACAAAUUAAUUUGAUUGUUUAUUAAUUGUCCAAUUGGCUGAAAAUGAGAUAUAACCUCUUGUGAUGACUAGACUAUUAUUUUUAAUAAUAAAAAAUAUCGAUGACUCAUAACAAUAAAAUAUUUCAAUUUGUUGAUUUUAACAAAAUUGAAAUCAACUUGUAGGCCUAAUAUUUUUUUUGUUAUGUAAGAUUUAACUUGAUUAUUAAAAGAGAUCAUAAAUAA